UUCAUUAUCAUCCAUUACGAUUGACAACAACAAACACAUCAGCGGAAAAUGGAAGGAAGCGAUCAAGCUCCACAUGAUAUUGAAAACCCCUGCAUUCCAUUAGUAACUUCAAUGGGCGAGGAAUUGGAUGGCUUGUCUCCCCUCUCCUCUUUGUGUUGCAUUUAUAGAGUUCCUGAACGACUACGGCGUGUGAGUGAAAAGGCCUACACACCUCAGGUAGUCUCUAUAGGCCCACUUCAUCAUGGCAAGGAAGGCCUAAAAGCCACGGAAGAUCACAAAAAGAGGUACUUACAAGAUUAUAUACGUCGGACCAGGGUAAGCCUAGCGGAUUAUGUACAGAAAGUAAAAGACCAAGAAGCAAAACUGCGCAGUUGUUAUGCAGAAACCAUUCAGGUUAGCAGUGAUGAAUUUGUGAGAAUCAUUCUAGUGGAUGCCGCCUUCAUCAUUGAGGUCUUGUUGAGGUAUCGUUUCGAUGAAUUGCAGGAUGAAAAUGACUGCAUAUUUAACAAACCAUAUAUGUUGCAGGAUGUAUGGCCUGACAUGCGGUUGCUUGAAAAUCAGCUGCCAUUCUUCAUUCUUGAGGAACUUUUUGACCCCGACAAAAUCGAAGUCUCUUCUAACAAUAACAAUAUUGAAAGGCUUUCGAUACUCAACCUUUGCCACAAUUUCUUCAAAAAUCUAAUGCAUAUAGAGGGAACAGAUGGCAAUAUGGAGAAAUUAUGUGCUUCUAAAGUUGAACACUUUGUAGAUUUUUGUAGAAAUUUGCAUCUACCUCUACCAUUGAAACCACAUGCUAAAGGACGACUUGAAACUCUAAACACACCCAGCAUCACAGAGUUACACAGAGCAGGAGUCAAGUUUAAGGUGGGAUCACCCAAAAACUUAUUCAACAUAAAAUUCGCUAAUGGGAUUCUAAAAAUUCCAAAAUUAGCAAUAAGUGAUGAGACAGAGCUUACAAUCAGAAACCUCCUCGCUUUUGAACAAUGCCAUUGCAUGGAGAAUUACAUAAACGAUUAUGUUGUCAUCAUGGAUCGCUUUGUGAACACCGCAAAGGAUGUGGAGUUGCUUGUUAAGCAUGGAAUCGUCGAAAAUAGUCUCGGUGACAGUAGUGAAGGGUCUACUCUGAUUAACAACCUUGCCGAUGGGGUCAUAGUGGACCCUAAUGACUUCUAUUUUGCUAUUCUUUGUGCAGACCUCAACAAGUACUGCAGAACGUCUUGGCACAAAUGGCAGGCAAACUUGAGACAAAACUAUUGCAACACACCUUGGGCAACUAUUUCAAUUGCUGCGGCUAUUUUUCUCCUCAUACUCACUUUUAUACAAACAGUGUGCUCUGUUAUCUCUGCUCUGCCUUCUAAGCGUUGAGAGUAAGUCUCUUCUUAGCCGUUUUCUCCUUGUCAUUUCCUUUUGGUCCUCCACAUGACACGAGCUGGGUUUGUCACCAGCCUAGAGGUGCAAGAGAGCUGGAGAAAGAAAAAGUUAGUGUAUAUGUAGAAAAUAUAGCCUCUGUUAGUGAAAGUGAGCUGUGCAUGUAGAGUGAUGGAAGCAAUGUGGUUGUUUUAUUUGUUUCUCUAUGCUUGU